ACGUAAUCUUGAGGUCUGAGAGGAGAGCAUGCACUAUGCAACUCGAUCGGGUCCCGCAGACAUGAAGUGUGCCGAGGUUGAAAACAUUGAGGAAUUAAAUAACUUGCCUGUUGAUUCCAGUCGGAUUGAACCCUAUUUGUCAAAGCUGAAACAAAAAGCAGAAACAGAAGUACGCAUUCGACACUUGGAUUUGCCGACCACUUUCUUGAUACGGUUUUUAAAGGCGCGAGACUUUAAUGUUGAACUGGCGCUCCAGUUGCUAAUUAACUAUCAAAAAUGGAGACAAGAAUGUCCUGAAAUUACUGCUGACCUGCGCCCAUCAUCUGUCAUAGGACUACUACAAAACAGUUACCAUGGAGUUCUGAAAUCACGAGAUGAUGCCGGAAGUCGAGUUUUAAUCUAUCGGAUUGGUCGGUGGAACCCCAAAGAAUUCACAGCUUAUGAGGUUUUUCGUGUGAGCCUCAUUACAUCAGAGCUGAUUGUUCGAGAAUGUGAGACCCAGAAAAAUGGACUUAAAACUAUUUUUGAUCUCCAAGACUGGUGCUUUGCUCAUGCUCUGCAGAUCAAUCCUUCUUUGGCAAAAAAGAUCUCAUCUGUACUUACAGACUCUUUUCCUUUGAAAGUCCGUGGCAUCCAUUUGAUAAAUGAGCCCAUUUUUUUCCGGCCCGUCUUUGCCAUGAUCCGUCCAUUCCUUCAAGACAAAAUCAAACAACGGAUUCACAUGCAUGGUAGUUCAUACGUGCAAAGUCUCUGUGAUUACUUUCCGAAAGCUAUCCUCCCUCCUGAGUAUGGAGGUACAGGACCCAGCAUAGAUGAAGUGUGCCAAGGAUGGACUGAGAACAUCAUGCAGUCUGAAGACUAUCUUCACAAGCUCUCUACAGACUUAGGUGAAGGCCAUGCUUCUCAGGCCUAUGUUCAUUAAUGAUCACAGUGAAGGUGCUUCUUAUGUUGUGCUUUUUGACUUUGUGAAGAUUACUCAGUAUUGGUAAAUAUUUUUUCCUAUUUUAUAUUGCAUAGGACUGAAUUGCGCAGUUUUUACAAAUGUUUCAUUCUAGACUGGAAAGGCAGCUUUCACAGUGCAAUGUUACAUUUCCAUAAUUACUUGUUAUGACUAAAUCAUGCUUUUGGAUAAUUGUAUUAAAUUUUAUAUAUUGUUCUAUAAUUUGUUUAGCAAGUAGUCUAUUUAAUAACUAUCUGAAGAUACAAAACAUGAUGAGAUGUCUAUUUGCACAAACAUUUUUUUUUUACUGAGGAUAAAUGAUUCUGAAGUAACUUGUCAAAGACAACUAACUAUAAGGCUGUCUGAAAUAUGAAUGUGCCUUUGUUAUCUUUAAUUCAGUAUUACCUAUGUAGAUUUACAUAACAAUGGACAUAACUCAGGAAGAGAGUCUAUGUGUUUCUGGAAGUUAAAUUAAUCACAAGUAAAACAAAACUGUUAUGUGUAGCAGUUUAAAGUCAUAUUCUCUGAAACAAAGUUUAUUUUACAGUAAAUGACUAAAAGUCUGAAAUGUAAAGGAAAAACGCAGCCUUUUCAAACUACAGCUGCAUUUUAAAAAUACAACUUGCACUCAUGUAUUCAACACCAGGAAAUGGGGGAGUUACACUUUAAUCUACUGCCUUUUGCUCAGACUCUUGAGCAAAUAUAAUCAGAGACUGGUGACCUUACUUGAGCUCUUUGUGUUUACAGAUUUAUUUCAAUGUGAAUUUCUGAAACACUAUGUAUUUUUUAACAAUUUAAUGUUUACUUUUUUGCAUAUACUUUUAACGUUCGAAGAACACACAUUUACUGUUUUACAUUAUUGUAAAAUAUCAUAGUGGAAAUAUCUAUGCAAUUUAUACAAUGUGCGGCCUAAAUAAACUUGGCAACCAGACAAAAGGUCGUGAGUAAUUUUUUAACCAAUAUAUUGGAAUGUUUGUUUGACAGCAGGCAAAUAUAAUUGCAAAAAUCUGAUAAGAAAGGGAUAUGGGUUAAUGUAACAGAAUAAUGAGUCAUGUUUCUAAGACAAAUAUUAUUCGUUCAUACUGCCUUACCCAAACAUAAAUUUGAUGUCAGAGAAUAGCAGAAUAUUGUUAAGUAGUGAAGGAAAAAGAAAACAUUCCCCAUGUCAUCAUUAUAUCCUUGCAUUAUUAAUAGUUGCAUUGCUUCUAAUAUUAUAAAAGCAGCUAUGAGUAUUAAUAUUUAGCAUUUUACCACAUAGUAUUGAAAUUAGUUAUGCUUAUGAUUGAUAGUCUUAUUCGCUGUGCAUGAUCAAAGCUUAUACAUGAAUCCAUUGCAUAGGGCUUAUAACUUUUUACUUUUAAAGGUCAUGUUUGAAUGAACCUGUGCUGUGUGUUUAACUUGUUGAGUUUCAGAAAGCUAGCUUGGCCAGACAGGUGUAAAAAACAGGAUGCCUAUUUUGUGCAAACGGGGACUUCCAAAACAAAAGUGAAAUCAAAGGAGACCCACCCCCACUCAAGUCAUAAAUAUAAUGGGUCAGGGAAAGGUGAAUAAGGCUUGCAUCUUCUCUGUCGGCUGGUUUUCACAUUGGUUGUGUGUAAUGACAGGGAAAGCUGCGUGACCCACUUCAUUUGAGAUUCAUUAAAUAAUUUGACUUUA